CAGCCGUAGGUUCCCAGGGCGCACGUCUGUUGCGAUAGCAGGUAGCAAGUCGUAGGCUAUAAUAAACAGAUAGUGACGGAUUUUUUUAGCAAUAGACUAUUUAGUUGUGUCGGUGUGGUGAGGGGUAUUAUCGCGACUGGAAGUUAUGAUCACUUCAGUUCCAGUUCAAGAAGUAUGGAACGAGCUGAAAACCAACCCGCUCGCGAAGUAUGGUGCGGUGACUGCUGUGACAGCUAUCAGUCUGGUGUGCCUGAGGAAGUGGAUUGCAGGUGGAGUGUGCAGGAGUCAAGUGCAACUGACUGGAAAAACAGUGGUCAUCACAGGGGCCAACACUGGCAUUGGGAAGGAGACCGCCAUGGACUUGGCACGAAGAGGAGCACGUGUGGUCAUGGCCUGUCGAGACACACGGCGGGGGGAGGUGGCGGCCUCGGAGGUUCGCCAGACUACAGGAAACGGCAAUGUGGUGGUGCGACAGCUGGACCUGUCCUCCCUCGCCUCCGUACGACAGUUCACAAACAAGCUGAAUGCCACUGAGGAGCGCCUGGACAUCCUCAUCAACAACGCAGGUGUGAUGAUGUGCCCCAAGAGUCUGACGGAGGAUGGCUUUGAGACCCAGCUGGGUGUUAAUCAUCUGGGUCACUUUCUCCUCACCAUCUUGCUGCUGGAUAAGAUUAAAAGCUCUGCGCCCAGUCGCAUCGUCAACGUGGCCAGUAUCGCUCAUGUUGGAGGGAAAAUCCACUUUGAUGACCUCUUCUUCAACAAGACUCCAUACGAUUCACUUGUGAGCUACAGGCAGAGCAAGCUGGCCAACUUACUGUUCACCAGGGAGCUGUCACGUCGCACACGAGCUGCUGGUGUGUCUGCGUUCGCUCUGCAUCCGGGCGUCAUCCGGACGGAGCUGGGGCGGCACGUCCAGACGCGGUUCCCUCUGCUGAGUGCCCUCCUCCAGGCCCCCGCCUGGCUGCUGAUGAAGACCCCCAGGCAAGGCGCCCAGACCUCCAUAUACUGUGCCGUCACGGAAGGCCUGGAGGUUCACUCAGGAUGCUACUUCAGUGACUGUAGGCUGAAAGAACCUGCUCCUGAGGGCAAGGAUGACAUUGCAGCCAUGAAGCUGUGGGAUGUGAGUUCCAAGUUGGUGGGCUACAAUGAAGAGGAUGACUGAGACAAUUGGUCAAAUACGACAUAAUAUGCUGCGCUGAAAUGCUCCCAGUUUAUAAAUGAAUGCUGCUAAUGUUGUUCUAACCAAGCCAAAAAGUUUACUAACUACAGAAAAUAUUCUCAGAAACUAUACAGUACAGUUAAUCCGGCCUGAUUUGUUCUCUUUGAUCUCUGAAAAUUCUAACCUCUCGCCAGAUGAAUGUCUGCCUUGCUCCACGAAUAUUCAAUAGCUCGUAAACCUGAUUGGAAACACACAACGAUCUGGCGAGACCCAGGUUCUGAAAAUCCCCAUAUUUUCAGAAUACAUUUUCACAAUACAUUUAGACCUACAUCAACAGGAGGAACUUCAAUUUGACUUAUAUAUGCCUUCAUUUGAUGCUGUUUCACAACACUGAAUUGUUUUCCAUUGCGAAUGGACAAAAAGAGGCACAAAUUCAUAUUGUUUUAAAAUUGAUUUGACACCAAGUAUUACUCUGCCUCGAUAGUUAUUUCUGUGUAUACAUUCAUUUAACAACCCUUUUAUUAGUCUCUGAGAAGCAGGAUAGGUAUUUGUGUACUAGAAAGUUCAAAUAAGAUUAUUUUAUUAUUUGCCUCCCUCUGAACCAUACAAUGGUCUUAGUUCAGUUACAUUUGGAAUAAAUUAGGCCUAAUUAUUUUCCUCUGGAUUAAACUUUAGGCUACUUGCUUGAACUCAUGUUGGAGAGCAGAAGACAAGAGGGGUGUGACUCGAUCAUAUGACAGCUAAUCCAAUGUCUAUGUAAACAG